AACGAGGAAGCAGGAAAUUGCGACCAUGAAGAGAAUCAGCUGAUCAUAAUGUUGACAAUGCAACCUCCACCACAUUGCUUUCGCCUCCGAUGUUCAUAACUUUAACAUUUAAAGAACGUUGCAGUCCGCAGUGUUCGGUCGAUGCGUUCAAUAUUUAGUGGUCUGCUUGUGUUUGCUUGAGUCGCUGGUUGUUGCAGAUCGACCGGAUCGACCUGAGGUCCAGACGGACCAGGACCAACACCAUGGACAUCCAGGAUGAGAGGAGACGGCUGCUUGAUGCCGAAGGGACCGAUGAGUACGAAACGGUCACCGGCGUACGCUCCGAGCAAGAUAUCUACCUUGACAAAGUGCAGAACGGGAAGCUGUACCUGGCUGUGUUCGUGUCGGUGCUGGGUCCCCUGAGCUUCGGCUUUGUGCUGGGCUACAGCUCCCCCGCCAUCCCGGACCUGAUCACGACCAAUGACGACCGCGUUCGGCUCAACGACGACCAGGCCUCCUGGUUUGGGUCCAUAGUAACGCUGGGUGCCGCGGUGGGGGGUCUUCUCGGUGGUUGGUUGGUGGAGAGGAUUGGCAGGAAGCUCAGUCUGAUGUUCUGCUCGUUGCCCUUCGUCUUCGGCUUCGCCAUCAUCACCGCAGCACAGAACCUCUGGAUGCUCUACGUUGGCCGCGCGCUCACAGGCCUCGCCAGCGGAGUCACCUCCCUGGUCGUCCCUGUCUACAUCUCUGAGAUUGCCCACGAGCGCGUGCGUGGCACCAUGGGCUCGUGCGUGCAGCUCAUGGUCGUGACGGGCAUCUGUGGGGCGUACGUGGCCGGGACGUACCUUGGAUGGCGCUGGCUUGCGUUGUGCUGCUCGCUGCCCCCCACCCUGCUGAUCGUGGGGAUGUGCUUCAUGCCCGAGACGCCGCGGUACCUCCUGUCACAGGGCAAGCGGCGGGAGGCCGAGGAGGCCCUGCGCUUCCUGCGAGGCCCCGACGCCCCGGUGCAGUGGGAGUGCGCCCGCAUCGAAGAGGCCUGCGACCAUCAGGGAGCAGGUUUCAAGGUGUCUGACCUGCUGGAGCCCUGCGUCUACAAGCCGCUGGCCAUCGGCGUGCUGCUCAUGUUCUUCCAGCAGGCCACGGGCAUCAACGCCAUCAUGUUCUACGCAGAGAACAUCUUCGAGGACGCACACUUUGACAACCGGGCGCUGGGAACGGUGAUCGUGGGCCUGACACAGGUCUUCUUCACGGGGAUCGCAGCCCUCAUCAUGGACCGGGCCGGACGCAAGGUCCUGCUCUGUAUCUCAGGGGUUGCUAUGACAAUCAGCGCUGCUGUGUUUGGCGUGUUCUUCCACCUGACGACAGGCCAGCAUAACAACACAUCUGUGAGGGCCAUGGCGUCAGGGGUCGAAGGGUCACUCGGGGCGGGACCUGAGGUGGACCUGGCCUGGCUAGCGCUGGCUAGCAUGGGCAUCUUCAUCGCAGGAUUUGCGCUGGGCUGGGGACCAAUCCCGUGGCUCGUGAUGUCCGAGAUUUUCCCCUCUAAUGUGAAAGGCUUCGCCAGUGCCGUCUGUGUCCUUACAAACUGGGGCAACGCUUUCAUCAUCACCAAAUGCUUCCAGGACCUUCUGGCCCUACUCACCAAUGCUGGGACCUUCUGGCUCUUUUCCAGCAUGUGUGCGAUCAAUGUGGUCUUCACCAUUGCCUUUGUCCCCGAGACGAAGGGCAAGACACUUGAGCAGAUCCAGGACAACUUUAGAGGAACACCGGCUCAGUGAGCAGCCGGGAGAUGCUCUCCUCUAAAGACCUACUUAAUGAAGCCACUGCUCCUUCAUGCUCCUCCGACUCCUCCUACUGCUGCGGGAGUAAAGUCCUUAUCUCUGUACAGGUUCCAUUCAUAAAGUUGGUGAAAACUUCAGACUGUCAGGAACAAAAGAUUGGUGGUGUUUCUUUUUUUAUUAGUACAACUUUACCUGUUGCACAUACUGUACUUCAUGUCAUAACUAUAUAUCUCAGUGUAACAUUUAAGUUAGUCAUUCACACAGGGGACCUGGGAGGGUUUUGUAAAAGGUGAUUCAGAAUGCACUGUAUUGGACAUUUCCUGUUGAAUAUUGGUUUUUUUGCGACUGAAUGAAGCUCAGUGACAUGAA